AGGCUGUGGCUCCACCUACGGGGGAGCGUUUGGGCCCCUGGGGGUCCUGUGUCGUCAGUGCGCUUUGUUUUCAUUUGCUUUCUUGGCCUUCGCGCAGAAUGGCUGGUUUUUGCUUUGUGCAUCAUCCUCUUGCCGAAAAAUGGUCGCUUCCCCCUAGUCUAGACACGAGGCUGUAAAAUGCAACUGCUGCUGCUAUUGCCGUUAGUGUUUGCCACACAUACCUGCUCAGCUCCUGGAAAAUGACGAGACUGAUGAGCCUCUCCUGGAAAACCUUUCAUCACGUAGAUUCAUCUCAGGUUGUAUUUUUAACUUUAACAAGGAAUAAUAAAAGUCAGUCUGCAAGCACUGGCAUAAGACUUUUGCCGGAGAACAGGUACAGCAUGGAUUCUCUACCAGAAGAAUUUUUUGUGAGGAAUCCUUUAGAAGAGCAGACUAAGGAGGAAACUGAGAAUAGUAUAGAAAAAUCAAAUGAUCAACUGGACAAACAGGGAAAGGAAAUGCUUACUGAUCUGGUCCCUGUUAACCUACUAUUAGAAGUGAAGAAGUUACUAAAUGCUAUAAAUACUCUACCAAAAGGUGUGGUACCUCAUAUUAAGAAGUUUUUACAGGAAGAUUUUUCCUUCCAAACUAUGCAGAGAGAAGUUGCAGCUAGCAGCCAGAAUGGAGAGGAAAUUGUUCCUGCUUUGACUUUAUGUUUUUUGAUAACACAACUGGAAGCAGCACUUAGGAACAUUCAAGCUACUAAUUAUACUGCACAUCAGAUUAAUGUUGGGUACUAUUUGACAUUGCUGUUUCUGUAUGGAGUAGCACUCACUGAAAGAGGAAAGAAGGAGGAUUAUACAGAAGCUGAGAAUAAAUUUCUGGUAAUGAAGAUGGUGAUCCAAGAAAAUGAAAUUUGUGAAAACUUUAUGACGUUAGUUUAUUUUGGACGUGGUUUGCUUCGAUGUGCUCAGAAGAGAUAUAAUGGAGGACUGCUAGAAUUUCAUAAAAGCUUGCAAGAAAUAGGAGAUACAAAUGAUCAUUGGUUUGACAUAGAUCCUAUAGAAGACGAAGAUUUUCCUACAACAUUUAAAGCUCUUCUUAAUAAUUUUAUUAAGACAACUGAAAAUAAUAUAAUGAAGCAGACCAUUUGCAGUUAUCUAGAUUGUGAGCGAUCUUGUGAAGCUGACAUUUUAAAGAACACCAAUUAUAAGGGAUUUUUUCAGUUAAUGUGCAGUAAAAGCUGCUGUGUUUAUUUCCAUAAAAUUUGUUGGAAAAAGUUUAAGAAUUUAAAAUAUCCAGGUGAAAAUGAUCAGAGUUUCAGUGGAAAAAAAUGUUUGAAGGAAGGAUGUACAGGUGACAUGGUAAGGAUGCUACAAUGUGAUGUACCUGGAAUUGUUAAAAUUUUGUUUGAAGUUGUGAGAAAGGAUGAAUAUAUAACCAUUGAAAAUUUAGGAGCCAGUUAUAAAAAGUUGAUGUCUCUGAAAAUAACUGAUACCGAUAUAAGACCGAAGAUCAGUUUAAAAUUUAGUGGAAAAGAUGAAAUGCCUAUCUUCAAACUUGAUUAUAAUUAUUUCUAUCAUCUGCUUCAUAUAAUUAUUAUUUCUGGUACUGACAUUGUCCGGCAAAUAUUUGAUGAGGCUAUACCACCCCCUCUUUUGAAAAGAGAGCUUCUUAUACACAAGAAUGUGCUGGAACCCUACUACAACCAUCUCUGGACCAAUCACCCCUUGGGUGGAGCAUGGCAUCUGCUUUAUCCCCCAAACAAGGAGCUUCCACAGUCCAAACAGUUUGACUUAUACCUCUUAUUAGCACUCAUAAAACAUUUGAACGUAUUCCCUGCACCCAAAAAGGGCUGGAGUAUGGAACCACCAUCUUCUGAUCUCUCUAAGUCUGCAGACAUCCUGAGGCUGUGCAAAUACAGGGACAUCCUCCUUAGUGAGAUUUUGAUGAAUGGUCUCACUGAGUCACAAUUCAAUUCAAUUUGGAAAAAAGUUUCAGAUAUUCUUCUGCGCCUUGGGAUGAAGCAAGAGGAUAUUGACAAAGUGAAGGAGAAUCCUAUUGAGAAUCUCUCUCUUGAUUACCAUCAGCUGUCCAUCUACCUAGGCAUACCAGUACCAGAAAUCAUCCAGAGGAUGUUAUCCUGCUAUCAACAAGGAAUUGCUCUACAGUCAAUAACAGGCAGUCAACGUAUUGAAAUAGAAGAGUUACAGAAUGAAGAAGAAUUAAGUCCACCUCUCAUGGAGUACAACAUAAAUGUGAAAUCAAAUCCUGAAAUACAGCUAGCAGAAAUGAAUAAAGAUGAGGCAUCAAUACCCAGUGAAUCUUCAACAGAAUCUAUUAAAGAUCUCCAGGAAGUUAAGAGUAAACAAAAGAAAAAGAAAAAGACUAAGAAUAGAAAGUUCUGGAGGCUGGAAAGUCCAAGAUCAAGGUGCCAGCAGAUUUCGUGUCUGAAUAAAGAAUCAACAGAAGAGCAAGUCCCACUUAUGGUAGGAAAGGAAGAGCAGUUGAAGAAAGAGCAAGCAAACCUAUACCCAGUCAACAGAUUUAUGAAUGAUGAUGCAAGUGAUAUUCAAGAAGACUCUGCAACUGAAGACAAGCUGUACAGCCUGGAUGAAUUGCAUAUUCUGGACAUGUUAGAGCAGGGUUCAAGCAGCAAAGUAAAUGCAGAAUAUGGAGAAACUGAGAAAGAAAAGCUUGAUCGACAACGGCAGCUUUAUAAAUUGCACUAUCAGUGUGAAGAUUUCAAAAGACAAUUGAAAACAAUGACUUUUCGAUGGCAAGAAAACCAAAUGCAGAUUAAAAAGAAAGACAAAAUCAUUGCAUCACUUAACCAACAAGUGGCUUUUGGAAUCAAUAAAGUUUCCAAAUUACAGCGUCAAAGCCAUGCUAAAGACAAUGAAAUCAAGAACCUUAAAGAGCAACUCUCCCUGAAAAGAUCUCAGUGGGAGAUGGAGAAGCAUAAUCUGGAAAGCACAAUUAAAACAUACUUAAACAAAUUGAAUGCAGAAACUAGCAGAGCUUUAACAGCUGAGGUGUAUUUCUUACAGUGUCGUAGAGAUUUUGGUUUGCUGCAUCUAGAACAGACUGAAAAGGAAUGCCUCAGUCAGCUUGCGAGGGUGACUCACAUGGCAGCAAGCAACUUAGAAUCACUUCAAUUAAAGGCUGCAGUGGACAGUUGGAAUGCCAUUGUGACAGAUGUUAGAAACAAGAUUGCAUUCCUCAGGACACAGUACAAUGAACAAAUUAACAAGGUGAAGCAAGGAUUUGCCUUGAGUACCUUGCCUCCAAUCCAACUUCCUCCACCACCACCCAAUCCUGACAUGCUGAUGCAGCAGUUCUUGGGACGACCCCUUGUGAAAGAAUCCUUCUAUAGACCCAUACUCACUGUUCCUCAAAUGUCUGCUGUUUGCCCUGGAGUCAUCUCUGCAACUGGGCAACCUAGAGCUCCCCUGGUGACUGGUAUAGCCUGGACUGUCCCAGCCCCUGUAGGAGAGGCUGUUCCUCCCAGUGCAGGUCUGGGAAGUGAACCCACAAUGAAUUGGGAGAAGAUUAUAGACAAGCUGAAAACUGCCUUUCCACAACAGACCAGGGCAAUUCUUUCCUUGAUCUCUUCCAGAAAGGAGCUUACAGAUUUCUUUAGGCAAUUGAAGGAUACUCAUGGAAAGUCUUUAUCUGGACUGACAUUUGAUGAAAUUGUUUACAAGAUUUCUCAGCUUAUUGGCCCCAAGAGAGCUCAGAGUCAAGGAAAAUCAGUGCCAAAUGGUGGUAGUAAUGUUUCACCCAGCCAUACUGCACCACAGUCUAAUGCUGCCCAGCCACCCAAGCAAGCCUGGAGGGCCCUCACUUCACAAAGUCCUGCCACAUGGGAAGGAGCCAAUAAUUUGGAUGAUGAGGAGGAAGAGGAGCCUUGUGUGAUCUGUCAUGAAAAUCUUUCUCCAGAAAACCUGUCAGUUUUGCCUUGUGCUCAUAAAUUUCACUCUCAGUGCAUUAGACCUUGGUUGAUGCAACAGGGGACAUGCCCAACCUGUAGGCUCCAUGUUUUGUUACCAGAAGAAUUUCCUGGCCACUCCAGCCGGCACUUGCCCAAGAUAUGAUGUAGAUAGAAACUUCCUUCACAAAGGAAGUCCUGUUUUCAAGUCUCCAGAAUUUAGUUUUGCCUUUUACUGUGAGCUGAUAGUGCAAGUGGUGUGAAGCUGUGUGCUCUUCAGUAUUAUACAAAAGAAGCUAAUUAAUCUCAUCCAAGCUGCAGCCAAAGAGGACAGAUAAGAUAAAUCUUCAGGAUUUAUGACUGAACUGAGAGGCCUUAAAGAAGACGGAAUUUUGAAAGUUACAUUAUAUUUGUACUUAGUGGGUAUUUUCUUCCAACAUAAACAUGGUAACUGUUGGCAUGUGUCUUAGGAUGUCUUCUUUUCCUUCUUACUCUGUUCACCCUUUACUUCCCCUCACAUACACAAUUUAAUUUCAUUAAAUAAAUUUAAGCAAAAGUGAAAUAGUAAAUAAGUUGGAAAAUUCCACAGAUUUCAACAUUCCUUUAAUUUUAACACUUGUUACAAAAAAAGUUAUUGAAUUAUUUCCAUUUUAUCUCAAUUCUGUCCUCUAAAACAUGUAACAAGUUAUGAAGAGAUUUGGAGCUACUUCAGAGUGGGAAUCAUACAGUGUUUUAUGUUAGAGCUGACUUACAAAGGCUUUUAAGAGAGGAUUGUUAAUUUCAGGAAUUUUGUGAGCCAGUUAUAAAACUGUUGGUAGAUCGAAAUCUGCCAUAGUGGGAUUACUUAUACAUAGAAAUUGGUAAAUGCGCUAAGGGACCACUUCCCCUUAGGAAGUACUUAUUAAACAUUUACCAGCACACACUGGGACCAUGUCUAAUGCUUCCUCAUGUACCCAGUGUCUUGAACAGUAGGUACAGCACAGACAUUCCCAGAAUCAGAAAUCAGGAAGCAGUAAGAAAAGGAAUUCAUGUGCAAAUUAAGUCACAUGCUCAGCUGAAUAGUUGAGAUCUUAUGUUGAGUUAUAAACAUGCUCUUUGGACCUCAAUAAUUUAUACAUUGGAGCGAUUUUUUUUUUUCCUGCCUUAAAAUUUUCUAAUUUCACUUUCUCAUGCCGGGGGUAAGGGAACUGUAUGUGUGUGGUUGCUUGUUGACAAAGUUGAUACCACUGGGCUAAGCUGCGUAUCUCAAGUUUAUUACUGAGAACUUUCAUUCUUAAAAGUAAAAAGCCUAUUUUGAAAAUAGUAUUGUAUAAAUUCUGUAAGUGUUGUACAUGUCUCUAGUUGCAAAAUUAAUUGGGUUACCUUUUAAGACAAAUGUUACUUGGUUCCUAUUCUUUUCCAUAAAUUAAUGAAAUUGAGACUGUGAAUAAGUGUUUCCUCACUCAGCAGUUACAUUAUCUGUAUAUUUCAGUGUAAAUGUAUCUUGAAGUUACUUUAAAUCUCUAUUAAAUCUGCCAUUUCUGUAUGCUAAAAAUUUUUUUUUUGUAAUGAGAAUAGACUGGAAAAUAUGUAUUAAAAAAUUAAGGCUUUCAUCUAGACAUGUAAAAUGCCAAAAAUGCCUUAGAAUUGCAAAAGUUCUAAGGGCCUUUAAUAAUUAUCUUCUCUAACUUCUCAAGGUCAUGGUGAUAUAGCAAAUUAUUUCAUGAGAUAUUUCUUAGUUUUUGUUUACAGUUGCAAUUUCAUUUUCAUGUGGGAAAUAAUAAAUGUUUCUUAAUUGAACACCUAUUUUAUCUGUGUGUUUUGGUUUAAGUAUAUCCUAAUACUUCAAACUUCUAUUUCAGAUACUUACUUUUGUUUGAUUGUAGCUAAAUUGUUUGUUAUAAAAAAGGAAAGGAAAAUAUCUAAAAAGGCAGUCACCUAGACUUGCAAAUUGCUAAAUUUGCUAAAUACAACAUUGCUAAAUAUAACAUUCAGUCAUAAGCCUCCUCCACAGACUGAUGCUGCAAGAUCUGCCAUUUGUGGCUCCAAGGAUGGUGCCAGACGACUUAUAGCUGAUAUAUAUUGAGACUAUUGAGAAUAAUCUAGUAGGACUGAUCUCCUACAAGUCAGGUUCUGUUCUGUUGAUGUUGAACGUAAUGCAGUUGUGGGUUUUUUAUGUAUAAUUUAACAAUAAAGAUAAUUAUAGGGAUCAUUCUACCAUGAACAAUGAUCACUGCCCUGCCUGUGACUGCACUGGGGUCCAGAACACCAUCCUGCUCAGAAAUCCAACAAGGGAUGUGGCAGUAUUUACAGCAAAAACAAUUAAAUACCAGUAACAUCAACUGCAUCUACUCUGAGAGCCUAUAUCUUGUAAUGUUUUCAUUCAAAUUUAUUGAAUGUUCUGCAUUUAUAAAA